CUAGGGAUUAAUUAUUGUUAAAAUAUUUAAUAAAAAGCUAAAGCAAUUUUCUCUAAUGUUACCUACCUAAAAUACCUACAUGUAAUUCACAUAUUUCCUACUAAACAUCUUAAAUCAAUUUUGUACUCCAUUGACUGUAAUGGCUCCUGUACAUAAUUAGUCAGCAUGGGUAAUCACAGAUUAGUAGCAUCCUGUGAAGGGGCUAUUUUUUGGUAAUCAAUCAGCCAUGAUAGGCAGUAAUUGUCAUGGAUGAGUUGUCAAUUUUUCACAUAUGGAUCAAAGGUAAUUGCCUACCUGUCAACUUGUAUUUGAAUGGAAGCCAUUUUUGAAUAAUUUACAAUGUUAAUAACGCUGUUUAGCGAUGAUCAUAUGAUGAACAAAUCACAUAAAUAAGCAGUAGCUGUAAUCAACUCCUCACAGAGUUCCACCUUUGAACAAUGGACAGAAAGUAAAUGAACACCGGUGAUCAUGUGGAUGACAGCACAAUGAUGGGACAGAUAAUGGCAUAUUAUGUAAUGGCCCAUCAUGACUGAUUGUGUGCAUGACAGUGCAAUGAAGGGUUCAAUGAUGGCCAUUACCCAGUGGCUGAUUGUAUAUAGGAGCCUUAACAUUUUUACAAUUUGAAUCCUUCAAGUGGGGCGUGUUAUGAGGUCAUUGUUUGCUACUGUCAAGGUCAUGAUGAAUCUGUUCCCAGCUGGCCUCUUUGAGCAUGUUUCACAAUCACUUAUUACUUAAGUCCUUCAAAAACCUCAGUGAAAUUAACAGUGAUUUGUGAAUCUUGUUCCAAAACUUUGGUUGUUGGUUAAUUUACUCAAGCCUACAACUUUUUACUGGACUUUACAGGUUUAUUCACAUGACAAUUCUUCAGACAAAAUGUUGGAAAAUUGCCUCGCAUAGAUCCUUUGCAAUUGUUAAAGUGUCUCUCGGUACUUUUAACCCCCGAAGGAGGCAUCCUUUCCAGAGACGAGGUCCCUAGAUUAGUCAAUUUAAUGACUAAAUUUUCUAAAAAAUUGGUCAGCAAAUGCGUAUAUGUAUUAAUUUUGAAGAACACCAACACAGAAUUAGUCGAUAUGUUCAUGGCCGAGGGUGGAUGGACCCUCAUACAAACCUGGUUACAAGAUGCUGUUCAAAUAGCCAAUUGGCAUUUAGUUAGGGAGAUUUUAGGAUUAUUACUUAUAACCCCCGUAGAUGUAGAACGUUUGAAAUUAAAUAUUUUACCAAAAUUAAUCAAGAGUUUAUCACGAAGAGAUGAUUUGGAAGAUGUUGCCGAGUUAUCGACUCAAUUAGUCAAACAAUGGCUCACAAUCGUAAAAGGUUCAAGUUUGGCUGCGCAACAAUCUAACAAUGAUAAAGCCGAUUUAGUAAAAUCUGAUGAUUUAAAAUUUGAAAAAGACAGUUUAGAAGCUGAAGACGAUAAUAUAGAACCUAUAAGCACUGCUUCGUUUUAUAAAAAGGACGCUAAAGAAGCCAAUGACAAAAUAGAAUCUAACAUAAAAGAUGAUCCUUCUGAAAAAACAAAGUCCAAAGAAGAAGAUAAAAAGUCUAGUUCCAGAAGCUCAAGCUCGAAAAGUAGCAGUCGAGAUAAAGAGAGGAGCAAAGAUAAAGAUAGACACCGCGAUAAAGAUAGACGUAGUUCGUCAAAGAGUAGUAGUUCGUCUAGCAGAAGCAAAAGUAGCAGUUCAUCGAGUAAAGAUAGAAAGGAUAGAGAAAAAGAUAGAAAAGAUAGAGACAAAAGUAGGGACAAAGAUAAGGAUAAAGAUAAGGAAAGAGAUAAACAGAGAAGUAAUGGAAGUACAAAAAGCAGUUCAAGUUCUAGUAAAGACAAAAAAGAAUCUAGCGAAAAGAAAGAUAAAGAUAAACCAGACAAAGAGAGAAGUUCCUCUGACUUUAAACCGCUCGAAAAAUUCGGCAGAAUUCCUAAAAAAUCUUCUUCCGAAACAAUAGAAAAUAAAGACACUUUAGAAUCAAAAAAGAAGUUCUCUGUAGGAAUUAGAAAGGACCGCGAGGAAAGACCUAAAACUGUAAAAAUUUUCAAUUCGCGGAUGAGAUCGACGGGAUUGGAAGAAGAAGCAAAACCAGCACCGUCCAGACCGGUGAAGAAGGUCGCUCCACCUGCGCCAUUACCGCCUCCUAUGUCGUUGAAGAGGGCGUCACCUUCGAAGGACAUCAAGGAACCGGUCCUACCUCCAGAAAAGAAAAUUAAAAUCGACAAAGUGGACAUACCCGAACGACCCGGAGCUAUAAAACUGAUUCCUCCUAAACCAAAACCAAUUAUCCAAGAGAGUGAUCUCUUCAGCGAUGCACUUACAGCGGCCACUUCCAAGAAAGAGCCCAAAAAGAGGAAACGAAGAGCAAGCACAUCCAAAGACGCUCCAACUUCGCCUUCAGCAUCACCAGAUCAACCUACUACCCCAACAACAACAGCCCCUAACUCAUCUCCUCUUGGUAUAAAAAGUAUCGCACCUUUUAACUUUUACCAAGACACUCUUUCAUCCGAAGAAGCAGAAGCAACAAACGAUGAAAAUAAGGAAAACGACAAAACUGAGAAUCUUGAUGACAGCGUCUUAUCUACAGUUUCUGAAACUAAAGAAAACAACGAAAUAAGGUCACCAAGAGCUGUAACCCCAACAGAAGACGAUCCUGAAGAAAUAAAGAAACUAAGACUUGAUGACGGUACUCUUAAGGGUGUGCUGUUAUAUUCAAGAAAGAAGGGACCUAAGAAAACAAUUUCUUGGAAAAAUGAGACUGAUCUUGUUGAAAUUCGCUACUUUGAACUCGACGAAACGGAGAGAGUUAACGUAACCAAAGCCUUUAAUGAUAUGGCUAAAAUGGAUAUUUCAAACGAAAGGGAAGCUAUACAGUUAUCUAGAAAAGUUGGCGGUGAAGAUCUAAUGGAGCCUCAAAUUGUCUGGAGGAUACCAUUUGAAAUUGAUUUACUAGAACCUUUAACUCCACACGGAUCCAGAAGCUUAGAAAAAGAUAUUCAGUUUGCAAGAGAAAAAACUGUUCUUCCAGCUUUGUACUUCGAUAAAAGAAAAAUUCCUGAUAGUCCAGAAGAGCCACUUCUUGAAAACCACCAAAUGAGCGAUCCAGUAAUUAUUGCUUUAGAAGAUCCCGAAAGCCAGGAAUACGAUUUAAGAAGUACUCCGUGGCCUGAACCAAAAGGAAACCAACCCUUGCCAGAGCCUCAGAUGCCCAUGGGUUUUCCUAAUAUGCAAGGUCCAUUCCCACAGCCCUUCAAUAAUAUGCCACCUCCCGCCUUUCAAAAUAUGCCAAACAUGCCACCUAGGUUCCCUGUUCCUAAUGGCCCAAUGAUUCCACCAGUUCCCAACAAUUUUGGUCCUCCAAAUAUGAUGCCUAACGGUAAUAUGAUGGGUCCUCCUAACGUGAUGCCUUCGAAUGAAGUAAUGAUGAACCCAAAUAUGUUCCCAGGAGGGCCAAUGCCAGAUAAUUUCGGACCAGAACCAGAUUUUAUGUACGGCAAUCCAAAUGGUCCUAAUAACAUGAAUAUGUUCCCUCCGAACAACUUCAGCAACCACCGACACAAUAACAAUAGGGGCGGAGGUGAUUUUAGAGGCGGAGGUGAUUUUAGACGAGGAAGGGGCGGAAAUGACGGCGGUAACUGGGUGCGUAUGGGUGGAGCUGGAAGGGGCAAUUGGCGAAGAGGUGGAAAUAGGGGAGGAAGACUGUGCAAAAACGUUCAAAACCACGGCUACUGUCGGAACAGAGACAACUGUCCUUUUAUUCACCCUUAGUAGAUUUAACUGGCAACUAAUGCAUCUCUUGUGAUAUUAUGAGUGUAGAACGCUUAAAUUUGAAUGUUCAAAUUUUAUUUUUAGGAUAGGAUGAAAAGACAUCCGGGAUUUAAUUUAUUGUGAUACUGUUUAUCGUGUCCUAUGGACACAUAAUGUCUAUAUAGUUUUUUACGAACAGAAUAUUGAUUGAAAGAAUGUACCUAUAAUUUGUUAAUACCCUAGCGUCAGAAUUUCGAAAAUAAUGUAAAUAUUGUACAUAAAUAAGGCUCUGCUACGUUUUUCUACUAUUUUCAAAAAAUGAUUAGAAAUAAAAGAUGGAAUCUGCAAUA